CCCCCGUUUACGACUCGUAUCGACAGUUGUUUCGUUGGUUGCUCCGCGACGGCUCCGUUCUUGCUGGUUUUGCCUUCGAACUAAGGCUCCUUAACUAAGCGGAGAUUUGAUAACUCUUGCAGAUCAUGGACACAGAACAGAUUAUGGAGGGCCAGCCACAGGUUCCAGAAAAUCCUCAUGCAGAAUAUGGUCUGACAGAGAAUGUAGAGCGCAUUGUGGAAAAUGAGAAAGCAAAUGCAGAGAAAACAUCAAAGCAGAAGGUGGAUCUUCAGUCAUUACCUACACGUGCCUAUCUGGAUCAGACAGUUGUACCUAUUUUGCUACAAGGACUUGCAGUGCUUGCAAAGGAGAGACCACCAAAUCCUAUUGAAUUCCUAGCAGCCUAUCUGUUAAAAAAUAAGGCACAGUUUGAGGACCGAAAUUAAUUUCAUCUGAAGAGGACCAUCUGAUUACUCAGCUAAAUAAACAUGAAUCAUUGUCUGGUGUACAAAUCCUACAGAACCAAAAAUCUUGUUUACGCACCAUUUCUUGAGCCUUCUUUUGAAUUAUUUAAUAAAAUACCUUACAUUUUUGUUA